UUUUGUAACUCUAUCACACAUGGUCUUUCCCUGGUAGUGAAUCACUACAAUGUUACAUUGUUCAUUAACUUUGCAAUAUUAAAUGUAUUGAAGACACCAUCUGUAUUGUAACCUUGUCUCGGUUGUCCUUAAAAUGGACCAAAAAUAGACCUUUAAAAGUUGUUAGUUAUAUUGACUUAAUGAUUUUGUGUUGCUCUUUAGCAAGAGUGUGUAUUUAGAGACAAUUUAAACAGUUGAAAGGGGAUCGUUUUUGGGAUAGUUGGGAGUGUAAGUGGGCUGUGUACUUCAAGAGUUGCUGUCAGUGGAGUAUUUAUUCGCUAUAAAGUAAUCCCAGACUGCAUUCCUCUAAUGGUUUAUUGUGUGGUUGGAAACGGGUCCCAGUGGGCAGACGAUGGUAUAAAAACGGUAUAUGAAUCUAUAAAGUACAGAGUUCCAGGGAACAUUAUAAAACCGGGACCAACAGAAUGGAAAUGAUGGACUAGGUUUAGAAUAAUCAUCUAAAUGGAUUAACUUUACCUCAAAAUUUAAUUUAAUUUUCUUGGAUAGAGACCUGAAAUAGUAAAGAAGUUCUUUACCAUUUUCAUCCCACGAGCUUACUGAAGAAAUAAGGGAAACCGAGAUAUAGUACUUGAAAACAAUAUCUUAGAACGGAUUUUCAAAUGGAGUACAUGCUGUUUCUUGUCUUGCUGACAACUGUGUCCUCCAUUGCCUUAAACAGGGAGGAAAUCAUGGAAGCCAUGGUUUAUUUAAGGAACUAUGGCUACCUACACAUUCCACUGGACCGUAGUAAGAGCCAAAUGUAUCUGACUGAAGAAAUCACAGAGGCACUGAGAACCUUCCAGAAGGCAACUAACUUGGCCAUCUCAGGAACGUUCAAUGAGGUCACAUUAGAAAUGAUGAAACGACCUCGGUGUGGUAUUGAGGACUCCUUCAAUGACAAAACCCUCAAAUAUCGAGUCAUGGGUUCUACUUGGCGAAAGAAAAUUCUGACCUACCGCAUCUAUAACUACACCCCAGACUUGGGCCUGGCAAAAACACGUGCUGCCCUCAAGGCUGCGUUUAGGUACUGGAGAGAGGUGUCAACCCUGAGUUUCCAGGAGGUGCUGUUUCCAGGAAGAGCAGACAUCAAGAUCUCGUUUCAUAAGAAGGAUAGAUCUUGUCCGGUGCCCUUCGAUGGACCAGGGGGAGUGCUUGCCCACGCAGAUAACCCUGAAUCGGGCAUUGUGCAUUUUGACGAAGAUGAGCAGUGGACAGAGGGGACGACCUCUGGCCAUAACCUGAGGAUUGUAGCAGCCCAUGAGAUUGGUCACGCCCUUGGCCUGGGUCACUCUCAGAACCACAAGGCUCUGAUGGGACCUGUCUACUCUGGUUACCGUGCCAACUUCAAACUACAUCCUGAUGACAUUCAUGGAAUCCAAGCUCUGUAUGGGAAGCCAGGCAAUCGUCCAACACUAUCCAGAAAGCCAAAUGAUUCGUCCCAAGAGGCAGGUUCACCACAUCUUUGCAAGAGUGUCAUAGAUGCAAUUAUGUUAGGUCCUUUUCGCAAGACAUAUGUCUUCAGCGGUCAGUAUGUUUGGACAGUGUCUGACACUACUGGCUACAACACACCCAUCCUGAUCUCUGUGCUGUGGAAGGAUCUGCCAGGGAGCCUCAACGCAGCUGUGUACUCUCAGAGGACCAACAAGUCCUACUUCCUGAAAGGAGACAAAGUGUGGAGGUAUACCAGAUUCAAACUUGACGUUGGCUUUCCGAAACACUUGGCCAGCAUUCCUUCUAAUGUCGAUUCAGCCUUGUACUUCAACCGGAACAACAAAGUGAUCUUCUUCAAGGGUUCUCAGUAUUGGCAGUGGGAUGAAGCUGGGGCAACGGACUCCAGGACGUAUCCCAAACCGAUAUCACAUCUCUUCUCUGGGGUACCCUACAACCUGGAUGCAGCCUUCACAUGGACAAAUGGCCAUAUAUACAUUUUCAAAGGGAACCAGUACUGGCGCAUCAACAACAACCAAGUUGUGGAUAAGGGCUACCCUCUCAGAACGAGUGAAAAAUGGAUGCAAUGUGAUAAAUAGGCCAUUAGAGGUCAGUGGUGUUUUAUUUCAAACUCACCGUUAUUCACCAAGUACAUUUACACACACCUAUAAUCAUUUGCCUUAGUGAGAAGGUGCUGCCAGUGAUAGACAAUAUACAAACAGAAUACAGACACUAGUCCACAUAGACAUCAUACAGAACAUACAAUAUCGGAACAGUAAACGGAAAACUCUGGUGCAUAGGCUGAUUACAGUGGAGAUGUAUCAUUUACAGAGGGGAUAUAUCUAUAAGCAGAGCGAGGGAUGCUGCCGUGGCAAAUGUAUACAGUGUUGUACAUAGUGCAGAUUAGUAUUUGAGGUCAUUGGCGACAAGGUGUAGUAAUCUGUCCAAUGCAAAGUCACUUAAUCCCUAUGAGCCCGAUGGCCGGUUGAUGAGGGCCACAGCAUGGGGGAAGAAGCUGUUGAGACCGGACAAUGCGCUGCAGUUUGCCCUGGCCCUUUCCUCUCCAUUUCUAAUGUAAGACGUCAGCCUCCAGAACCAAAUUUUCACUCCAACACUAUACGGUAUGAAAGUCCCGCCUACUUCCUGGAUCAUGUCCCACCGCAUUUGAAUGGCCUUCAAGAUUACAUCGUCAAAUUCAUGAAAAUGCAGUUGAAGUCGGAAGUUUACAUACACCUUAGCCAAAUAGAUUUAAACUCAGUUUUUCACAAUUCCUGACAUUUAAUCCUAGUAAAAAUUCCCUGUCUUAGGUCAGUUAGGAUCACCACUUUUAUUUUAAGAAUGUGAAAUGUCAGAAUAAUAGUAGAGAGAAUGAUUUAUUUCAGCUUUUAUUUCUUUCAUCACAUUCCCAGUGGGUCAGAAGUUUGAAUUUUGGCCCAUUCCUCCUGACAGAGCUGGUGUAAUCAAGUCAAGUUUCCUUGCUCACACACCCUUUGUCAGUUCUGCCUACACAUUUUCUAUAGGAUGAGGUCAGGGCUUUGUGAUGGCCACUCCAAUACCUUGACUUUGUUGUUCUUUGUUGUUCCACAACUUUGGAAGUAUGCUUGGGGUCAUUGUCCUUUUGGAAGACCCAUUUGUAACCAAGCUUUAACUUCCUGACUUCUUGAGCUGUUGCUUCUAUAUAUCCACAUCAUUUUCCCUCCUCAUGAUGCCAUCUAUUUUGUGAAGUGCACCAAUCCCACCUGCAGCAAUGCACCCCCACAAUAUGAUGCUGCCACCCCCGUGCUUCACGGUUGGGAUGAUGUUCUUCGGCUUGCAAGCCUCCCCUUUUUCCUCCAAACAUAACGAUGGCCAUUAUGGCCAAACAGUUCUAAUUUUGUUUCAUCAGACCAGAGGACAUUUCUCCAAAAAGUAUAAUCUUUGUACCCAUGUGCAGUUGCAAACCGUAGUCUGGCUUUUUUAUGGUGGUUUUGGAGCAGUGGCUUCUUCCUUGCUGAGCGGCCUUUCAGGUUAUGUCGAUAUAGGACUAGUUUUACUGUGGAUAUAGAUAUCAGUCUUCUCCAGCAUCUUUCACAAGGUCCUUUGCUAUUGUUCUGGGUUGGUUUGCACUUUUCUCACCAAAGUACGUUCAUCUCUAGGAGACAGAACGCGUCUCCUUCCUGAGCGGUAAUGACUGCUGCGUGGUCCCAUGGUGUUUAUACUUGUGUACUAUUGUUUGUACAGAUGAACGUGGUACCUUCAGGCGUUUGGAAAUUGCUCCCAAGAAUGACCCAGACUUGUGGAGGUCUACAAAAUAAAUUCUGAGGUCUUGGCUGAUUUCUUUUGAUUUUCCCAUGAUGUCAAGCAAAGAGGUACCGAGUUUGAAGGUAGGCCUUGAAAUACAUCAACAAGUACACCUCCAAUUGACUCAAAUUAUGUUAAUUAGCCUAUCAGAAGCUUCUAAGACCAUGGCAUAAUUUUCUGGAAUUUUCCAAGCUGUUUAAAGGCACAGUCAACUUAUUGUAUGUAAACUUCUGACCCACUGGAAUUGUGAUCAUUGAAUUAUAAGUUAAAUAAUCUUGUCUGUAAACAACUGUUGGAAAAAUUACUUGUGUCAUGCACAAAGUAGAUGUCCUAACCGACUUCUCAAAACUAUAGUCUGUUAACAAUUAAUUUGUGGGGUGGUUGAAAAACUAGUUUUUAUGACUCCAACCUAAGUGUAUGUAAACUUCCGACUUCAACUGUAUGUACAAUUAUAUUCAUGGCUUAAUUUACCUCUAGAAGUAAAUUAAUCCACGAAUACGAGUAUAAUUUGACAUUUAUUUGAAUUUACCGUCUUCAUAAAUGUUAUGAUAUAAUCUUUAAGGCCAUUCAAAAACAGUGUGACACGAUCCAGGAAGUAGGCAGGAGUUUCAUACCGUAUAGCCAAGCCAAUGUAUCACCUAACCCGCUAAGGUGAAAUAUAGUAACAUUUAAGGAUUUUAUUUAUUUUGAUAACACGAGUUACAAAAAUGUUUUGUGUGUGUAAAGUAUGUAAAUCCCUAAAUGUAUAAUCCCCCCCUUGUAAACUGCAUAAAACUAACAAUGGAUGUCUUCACAAAAAUGUAUAUUAGCAAACUGACUAAAAUAAAGCAAUUUGAUUUAUUGGAAGAAGGAUCAAUGUGUUAUAUUACGAUUGACUGUCUGAUACCUUAAGACUGUCAAUAAUAAACAAAACAACAGAUUGA